AGCGCAGCCCGCCCGCCGCCGGAGCGCCCCGAGCCGCAGCGCGGGCAGCGCACAGAAACUGAAAGCCAUCUUAAACAUACCAGGUGCAGAGCACAAUACAGUAACCAUGAAUGACAUUGCACAGAAAACUGAGAUUCUGCUUUCUUCAUCUAAACCCGUCCAAAAGUCCUAUGUGCCCAAGCUUCACAAGGGUGAUGUAAAGGAUAAAUUUGAAGCUAUGCAGAAAGCAAGGGAAGAAAGAAAUCAAAGGAGAUCUAGAGAUGAAAAGCAAAGAAGAAAAGAACAAUAUGUUAGAGAGAGAGAAUGGAACAGGAGAAAGCAGGAGAUGAAAGAACUGCUUGGAUCUGAUGAAGAUGAUGACACCAAACUAUCUAAAACAGAAAAGGGUUAUGUUCCAAAGCUCAUAGGAACUGUUAAAGGCAAGUUUGCAGAAAUGGAGAAGCAAAGGCAAGAAGAAGAAAGAAAAAGAAUGGAAGAAGAAAGAAAGCGUAGAAUUGAACAAGAUAUGAUUGAGAAAAGAAAAAUUCAAAGAGAAUUGGCAAAAAAGGCACAGGAGAUUGAUGACUUUAACAAUACGGGAACUGAAUCAGCAGCUGAGGAAGGGGAUGAUUCACUGCUAGUUACAGUAGUGCCUGUAAAAAGCAGCAGGACAUCUGGGAAGAUGAAAAUAAUCCCUGAGAACACAGGAAAGGAGACAGCAGAACAAAGAAAGGCACAGGAUGAAGAAAUGAAGCCAAAAGAUGAGGAACAAAACCAACUCCUUAAGGAACCCAAGUGCCUUUCAUUUGUCCAGGGUGAAAAUGAAAACAGUGAAACUCAAGAGCCUCUGUCUCCUGGUAAGCUGAAAGUCACGUUUGAAGAACUGGAAAGACAAAGACAGGAGAAUCAAAGGCGGCAAGCAGAGGAAGAAGCAAGGCAGCGUUUGGAAGAGGAAAAACGAGCCUUUGAAGAAGCCAGGCAGAGAAUGAUAAAUGAAGCUGGAGAUGAAGAAUCUGAAAAUCCUGUUAAGGAAUUCCGCCCUGGUAAGCUCAGACUCAGUUUUGAGGAGAUAGAAAGACAGAGGAGAGAAGAGGAAAAGAGGAAAGCAGAAGAGGAUGCACGACGACGCAUAGAGGAGGAGAAAAGAGCAUUUGCUGAAGCAAGGAAGAACAUGGUGCUGGAUGAUGAAUCACCAGAAAUGUUUAAAACCUUUUCUCAAGAAUCUCUCAUACCUGGUAAACUGGAAAUUAAUUUUGAGGAGCUGCUGAGACAAAAAAUGGAAGAAGAAAAGAGGCGCACAGAAGAAGAGCGUAGGCAAAAGUUGGAAAUGGAAAGGCAAGAAUUUCAACAGCUGAGACAAGAAAUGGGAGAGCUGGAAGAAGAGUCUGAAACUUUUGAGUUAAGCAAAGAGUACGAAGAAUUGCUAAAGCUAAAAAGAAGCGGUUCUAUUCAGGCAAAGAACUUAAAAAGCAAGUUUGAAAAAAUAGGACAAUUGUCUCAAGAAGAAAUACAGAAGAAGAUUGAAGAAGAACGAGCAAAGAGGAGAGCACUGGAUGAAGAAAUAAGAGAAAGGGAAGCCGAAAAAUUCCACGAGGAUGAUGACGUAGAUGUGAUACCAGCCAAGAAAUCUGAGGCUCCAUUUACUCACAAGGUAAACAUGAAGGCUCGUUUUGAGCAAAUGGCAAGAGCCAGAGAAGAAGAAGAACAGAGGAGGAUUGAGGAACAGAAAUUACUACGCAUGCAGUUUGAACAAAAAGAAAUUGAUGCAGCAUUACAGAAGAAAAGGGAAGAGGAGGAAGAAGAAGAAGGAAGCAUUAUUAAUGGUUCUACUUAUGAAGAUGAGGAUCAAGCUCGGUCUGGAGCUCCCUGGUUCAAGAAGUCACUGAAAAACACAUCAGUUGUUGAUGGCGAGCCAGUAAGAUUUACAGUUAAAAUUACGGGAGAACCAAAACCUGAAGUUACAUGGUGGUUUGAAGGAGAAAUGUUGCAGGACUCUGAGGACUAUCAAUAUAUUGAAAGAGGAGAAACCUACUGCCUUUAUUUGCCAGAAACCUUCCCAGAAGAUGAAGGGGAAUAUAUGUGUAAAGCAGUCAACAACAGAGGCUCAGCUGCUAGCACCUGUAUUCUCACUAUUGAAAGUAAGAGCUAGCAUUUUCAUUUGCUUGUAUCUCAGUCUUCUUGCAUCUUUCCUGUUACAAAAAUCUAACUUCCUGUCUCUCUUAACUCUUUUUCUGUUUUCUAGCUGACGACUACUAAUGCUCUACUUUAGCUGGAAUCUUUCUUCCCCUCAACUUUCUUACUGCAUCAUCUCUUUCUCUGAUGGGGCCAACUGAAGAAAGCAAGGAUGUGCAUUAAUUUGUCAUUCCUGCAUCAGAUAAGAAUAUACCUUUCAAAUUGUGAGAAUUCCCUAUUUAAUGCAAAAACUAGUAUCAAAGGCUAAAAAUUAAAAAAAAUCAAUCUGUGAAAGAUCAACUGAAGGAAAAAGCUGAAUUAUCAUAGUGCUCCAGCAUUUGAAGACCAACUCUUGCGUAACAAUAAAGCUGAAUACAUGAUAUGGAACUUGUGUAGCAGUGUUAAUCUAUUGGUGUAUCCUGCAUGAGCACUGAAUAUUUAAGCUGUUUUACCUUAUCCCAGAGGCACUGAACUGGCAAAGGAAAUACUUACUGAUGGUUUUCCAAAACCCAAGUGUACUAUUUUUAAAGAAUAAAGGAUGAUUUAACUGCUCA